GUAACGCUCGUUAAUUUCUGCCUCAAACGGCAACAUAAGAAAAUUAAUAUUUUGAAAAUAAACGUAUUUCUGUCAUAAGUUAAGGUUCUUAAGUAAAGUGUGUCCCUUAAAAAUUAUAUGAUUAUUACCAAGUACGAAAGAAAAUUUGGUAAAGAAGAAACUUGUUUUAAUUAACCUCGUAACGAAAAUCAUCCGACAUUUGAUUUGACGAUUUCUUCUGGUUUGGAUAAUUUUUUCCAAAUUUCAAGAAUAUUUAAUAAACAAUAGUAUAAUUUCAGUUUGAAAGAUGCUUGAAAUUGGAUACGACACGAAGUAUUUUAACCAAUUGUUAUUAAAUUUAAAGAAUUAACGGACAAAAAUAGUUUCUAAUUACAACAGUAGAUGGCGAAUGACAGUUGAAAAUUUGAAGUUUUGUAUUGUAAAUAAAUCACUGUAAGCAGAUAUAAACUUAUAUUGGCAAAAUGGAGCUUAAUAAAAGUAAUAAAAGUACACCUAGUUCUCGAAGUGGUUAUUUUUGUGAUUUGACAGCUUCAGUUGGAAAGCAAAAUAAUUUCCUUUUUCCAAUAAGAAUUAAAACCACACCACAUAAUACUAUGGGCUCAUUUUCAGAUGGCAAAAAGAACCACACUAAGAUGCUACAGCCAAUUUUGAUUAAGGAUCUACUUCAAAGUAAUCAAAAAGAAAAACAACAUUCUGCAAUUAUGUCUGUUGAAAACUCCACAUUCUUCAAUAGAAAGUCAUCCGAUGGUAAUAAAGUCCGCCGUCAAUUGUAUCAAACCUUGGAUUAUUCACAAAAGUCAACGGUCGAUGGCAAAAGUAACACCACUAGAGCGAUAAAGUCAAAGAAAAAAAUGAUUUUAAAUCGUGAAGAACCCACAAUUCAUAGUAAUUCAUCAAAAAAUUUAAAUAGAGAAAGUUUUCUAUUACCACUUAAUACUAUUAAAAAUAGUUUCAUCAAAAAAUCAACUUCAAAUUUUACACAAACUAAUAAGCAAAGUGUAGAAAGUAGUACAAGUAAUAUGGAUAAACAUGGAAAAUAUCAUUCAAAUAUUACAGGAACAGUAAGAUUAAAAAAUGAUGCACAGAAUAAUAUUUGUCCCGAAAGACAAGAUAAUAUAGAUAUGGAACUAAAUUUUUCAUCAUCUGAAUUUGAUAUUAAGAAUAACAAACAAUUACAUGUCACUAAGCAAGACAAGUGUACAAUGACAUGUCCUUCCAUUCACAGAACUUUAUUUUUAAACAAAAGUUUAUCUGAUGAAAUCGAACAACAAUCAAUUACAACAAAUUGUUCAAAAUUAGCAUCUAAAACAAAUCAUUCACAUAAUGUUGAAAAUAACGAAGUUCCUAAUAUUUGUUUAGAAAAUAUAAUGGUUCAUAAUCCAGCUAUUAAUUUCACAAAUAUGGAUAGUUUACAUUGUAGUGGUUUUGUAAAACUAAAAUCUUUUUUAGAGCAAUCUAUUCAAGCUUGUGAAAAUCAAACUCGCGUAUUAAAACAAGCAUUAAAUGCUGUUAAUAAUAUGCUGAGCAAUACAAUAACAGAAACAACAGAUGCUCCAUCUAAUAUUGAACUUGAAGUUGAUGAAAAAUCUAAUGUAUCUAAUGUAAUUGUAAAUAAUAACGGUAAUUCAAAUACAACAAAUAUUGUUGAUAAUUAUUUGAAAAAUAUAAGUAUUAGUGAUAAGGAAAGUACAUUAACUACAAAUAUAUGUAAAGAAGAAUGUACGGACAAAAAUAUUUCUAAAGUUGAAGAAAAUUCGCAGGUUGGUAUGAAUAUUUUGAUUGAUAAUAAAGACAUAAAUAGGAAAACAAAUAAUUCGCCAGAAAUCUUGAAUGAUCUCGUACGUUUAUCGACGAUUGGUGAAGUUUCCUACGAAGGUGACACAUUAAAUAAAAAUGGUAAAGACGAUGAAGAAAACAAGGAAAAUGUAUAUCAUAGAGAAAGCGUUAGUCCAAGGACACCAAAGAGUUUACCUAAUAUAUCCAAUGAAGAUAGUUUUAUUCUCUUAGAAAAUGAAUUAAAUGUUCAACACAGUACGUUCCCAUCAAAGUCUUUACCAGCAUCACCAAUAAAAUAUAUGACUCCUGCAACAGUUAAGUUAUGGGACAAAAAGGUACAGCGUCCUUUAAAAGAAUACAUGGAUUUAAAAAUGAAUGGUACAUUUUUGAUAACACCAGAUGUAACGAGAUUUCAAUCACGCUUAGAGUCAACCGAUACCCCUCACUCUAGAAAAUCACUUUCACGAAAAAUAUUUAUGGAAUUAUGUGACCUUUAUGCCGAAUCUCCUGAAUCUAAGUAA